UGAGGGCGCUGAGGGGGCUUCGCAUUCAGGCUCUCUGGUGACUACUCCAGGAAACAUGGCCAAGUUUGUCCUGAAUCAGAACCUUCCUGACCUGGGUGGCCCUCCCCUGUACCCAGGCCCCACUGGAAGUGCCCGCAGCCCUAGCGCUCCCUACUCUGUGGAGACGCCCUAUGGCUUCUACUUGGACCUGGACUUCCUCAAAUACGUGGAGGAAAUCGAGCGUGGCCCUGCCUCUCGCCGAGCUCUAGGACCUUCUCAUACACGCCGCCCGCGCGCUUCUCGAACGGGCCUCGCGGGAGCGCGGAGCCCAGGAGCUUGGACCUCCAACGAAUCCCUGGCCAGUGACGACGGCGGAGCCUCGGGUGCACUCUCUCCUGGUGCGUUCCCGGGGCUCUCGCUACCUCCGCUGUCGCCGCGUUCCUUGUCGCGCAAUCCGCGCGUCGAGCAUACGCUCUUGGAGACCAGCCGACGACUGGAGCAGGCGCAGGCUCGGGAGCGCGCGCUCAGCCCCGCCCGUGCAGUCACGCGCAGCCCGCGCGGGUCCGGCCGUAGCAGCCCCGCCCCGAAUUCCGCCCUUGCUUCACCGGGCCCUGCCCAGCUGCUGCUAGUGAGGGAGCAGAUGGCCGCGGCGCUGCGGCGCCUGCGUGAGCUCGAGGACCAGGCGCGCGCUCUGCCCGAGCUGCAGGAGCAGGUGCGCGCGCUGCGUGCCGAGAAGGCGCGGCUACUGGCCGGGCGCGUGCAGCCAGAACAAGAAGUAGAGAUCGAGGUGCGCCCAGACAAGCUCACCCAGCUUCGGCGCCUCACCGAGCGUCUGGCCACCUCGGAUCGUGGAAUCCGCUCCAGGGCUAGCCCCCGGGCAGAGGAUCCCGACGGGUUGGCUGCCAGGCGCUGCGAAGGAGCGCUGCAGGUGCUCGACCCGGGGUCUAGGACACCCGAUGGGGAACCCCGGACUCGGGAGACGGGCACCGAAGCCGUGCCUGAGACCCGAGAGGUGGAUGCCCAGGCAGUACCCGAGACAGGGGAGGCUGGAGUGGAGGUGGUCCCUGAGACCGUUGAGGUGGACACGUGGGUGACUGAGGAGCUCCUAGGGUUGCCCAAGGUUGCAGAGCGUGAGCUGGAACUGCUCCGCACCAGCUUGGAGCAUCAGCGAGGGGUGAGCGAACUCUUGCGGGGCCGAUUGAGGGAGUUGGAGGAGGCCCACGAGACUGCAGUGACCAGGACUCAGUCUCGCGACGUUGCUGCCCAGACUACAUUGGGUUGCACUGAGAAAACCACACAGACAGAGCUCCCAGUGGAGAACCAGCCCAGACCCACUAGUAGUGGUGAGUCUCCACUACUCGUUGAACCUUGGCCUGCCAAGUCGCUGAAGUCAAACUCAGUGCUCUCAUGUGAUUCCCUGCCAGGCAUCCUCAAAUCCAUCAUGAAGAAGAAAGAUGGUAUUCCAGGUGCACAAUCCAGUCAGGGACCCAAGAGUCUGCAGUUCGUUGGGGUCCUCAACGGAGAGUAUGAGAGCUCCUCCAGUGAGGAUGCCAACAGCGAUGAUGAAGAUGGUGUUGCUGAACUCCCCAGGAGUAGCUCUUCUGGAUCAGGAGAUGAUAGCAGUGGGGGAUCUGACGCUGGAACCCCUGGUCCCCACAAUGACAAAGAUGCUGGGGACUGCGAGCUUGAGACACAUCCAGAGCUGACGGCAGGGAGAGAAGGGAGGUGUGAACUGAACCCCCGUUUGAGGGAGGCUUGCAUGGCUCUGAAUCAGCAGCUGAACCGGCCACGUGGAGUCACCAGCAGAGAUGGCAAUGCAGCACGCCUUGUAGCCCAGGAGUGGUUUCGAGUGUCCAGCCAAAAACGCUCUCAGGCUGAGCCUGUGGCUGGGGUUCUUCGAGGGGUGAAAAGCCUGGGGCCUGAGCUCCUGGCUUAUGUAGUGAACCUGGCCGAUGGCAAUGGAAACACAGCUCUGCAUUACAGCGUGUCUCAUGGGAAUCUCGCCAUUUCCAGCCUGCUCCUGGAUACAGGGGUCUGUGAUGUGAAUCACCAGAAUAGAGCUGGCUACUCUGCACUCAUGUUGGCUGCACUCACUUCUGUAAGACAGGAGGAAGACAUGGCUGUGGCCCAGAGACUUUUCAGUAUGGGUGAUGUCAAUGCCAAGGCUAACCAGACUGGACAGACAGCCCUCAUGCUGGCCAUCAGCCAUGGCCACCAGGACAUGGUAGCUGCCUUGCUGGAAUGCGGGGCUGAUGUCAAUGUACAGGAUGCCGAUGGGGCUACAGCACUGAUGUGUGCCAGCGAGUAUGGAUGCCUUGAUACAGUUCAGUUGUUGUUGGCCCAGCCAGGUUGUGACCUAACCAUCUUAGACAAUGAGGGCACAAGUGCCCUGGCCAUUGCACUGGAGGCUGAACAGGAUGAGGUGGCUGCACUGCUCCAUGCCCACCUGACAUCAAAACACCAGGACAGUCUUCCAUAGGUUCUCACACUGCAGAGGGAUGCAGUGACAAAUGAGGGACCUCAACCUCUGUGAGCGGCUAACUUCAUGCAGACACUUCUCUCUGCUGUCUGAAUCACAGCAGGGCACCUUGUGAAGAUGCUCCCUCUAGCUUGUUAGGAUGCUGAAGGGAAUGGUGAGGCAAAGCCUGGGUAAUACCAUAUCCCUCAACCCACUCACUUCAUCCAACAUCCUUCCCAAUAAAAGUGUCUCUACUA